AACUUCCUGCCUGCGAGUCGCGUUGUCUUUAGUAAGCUAACUCGAUAAUUAAACUUUAUAAGUCAGUUUUCAAGAUGGGAUGUGAUGGAGGAACGAUUCCCAAAAGACACGAGUUGGUAAAAGGUCCCAAAAAAGUCGAGAAGGUCGAUAAAAAUGCGGAGUUAGCUGCCAAAUGGAAAUACUGCGCCUUGAGCCAGGAGAAACUCAGACGUCCCAUUGUUUCCUGUGAACUGGGAAGGCUCUAUAACAAAGAUGCUGUCAUUGAAUUCCUUCUGGAUAAGUCUGCUGAGAGACCCAAUGCCGAGGCUGUAGUUCACAUCCGUGGGAUCAAGGAUAUUAAGGAACUGAACUUGACUGAUAACCCUGAGUGGGAGGGAGAGAGAAGAAAUGCUAAAGGGGACAGAUAUGAGGACAUCCACUGCGGCAUGUUCAUUUGCCCUGUUGUUGGGUUGGAGAUGAAUGGCAAGCACAGGUUCUGUUACCUGCAGACCUGUGGCUGCGUGUUUUCUGACAGGGCCAUGAAGGAGGUCAAGACAGAAAUCUGUCACAAGUGUGGCGACCCGUUCAAAGUUGACGAUGUUGUUGUGCUCAAUGGCACUAAAGACGAGGUGGAGAAGCUGAGGGAGAAGAUGGAAGAGAGGCGGACCAAAGCCAAAACUAAGAAAUCAAAGAAGAGCAAAGCAGCAGGAACUGUGUCCACGCCAUCAGAAUCAAAAGAUGACACAAAAUCUCCGCAAGUGGAUGAAGACGGGAGGAGCCCACUGCAAAACGGUGGUGACAACAGCCAGUCAGCUGUGGCCGGACCCUCGGGAUCCUCCAGCUCCUCUAAAGGCGCCAAGUCUUCGACCACCUCCGCCACCAAGAGGUCCAUCCAGAGCAUGGAGGAGAAGUCGGAGGCCUUCAAAUCCCUGUUCACCACCCACAGCUCUGCCAAGCGCACCAAAGAUCAGACUUCCAACUGGGUCACCCACACCCCGUAUCACUUCUAGUAGCUGUCACUCACCACAUUUAGAUUGCUCCAGAAAUUGUGACCCAUUAAAGACUGAUAAACCUAGCUCUACAUGCCCAGCUCCAACACACACAUAAAGACCCACACACAUCACCACCAUGACUGCUAAUAACGCCACCAACGUGUGGAUACCCAGCGUCAGUCCCCAGUAGAUCAGUGUUUACAUGUUGUCAACAUUUGGCUAAUAGCUCCCCAGGCUGUUCAGACUCUUUGUUUUGUAGCCUAAUUCCUCCCUCAUGUAUUCCCCAGCAGCUCUGUGUUCUCAAUCACAGGUGCUUUGAGAAUUGAUGCUAGGGUGACUGUUUUGUCUCUGUCACUCUGCUGUCUCCUAGUGGACGGAGUGAAGCUUUUGAAAAGUUAUCUCCACGUGGUCGAAACUGGUGGUGGCUUGGUUUCAAAUGUGCGGAAGCUUUAUCUGUCAGAUUCCUGUCCUCAGAUGACCACGUGUAGAUCAUUGUAAGCUCUAUCAGUGUGGGUUCGGCUCACAUUUUUUUUUUUAUAGAAUAUAUAUUUAACAUGCUGAGCAGACGGCUUUCAAGUAAUUUGUGUCUAUUGUUGUUUUUUUCUUGAAAAGUGGGGUAAAAAAAUAGGUUAACAAGAUAACAGUUUUAAGCAUCUUAUUUAUUGAAGCUUCUGAUGCUCAUAAAUCAAGAAAAGUGCACACAGAACGAAAGAUUGACAUAAGAUUUAAUGUGACAGGAAGGUAGGAAGCAUAUUUUUAGCUCAAUUCUUGAGCAUCAUUAGCUUCAAUAUUUUCAUUUCUUUCCAAACAAGGUGCCUCUGCUUUUUGACCUUUGGUUUCCUUUCAGUUUGACAGCAAAAUGUAGUGAAAUACAAUGAUCACAUUUACUGCACACUGUUCUUCAAACAGUCCUUUCAAAAGGGAUUAAAGUGUUCUCUCUGUUUGCAAUGGGACAGUCAUUCCUUUUUCUUUAUAUCAUUUUUUGCAUGUGAAAAGCAAAUUUCAAAAUAAAUUUUUAUUCAGUCCUA